GUCAUGGUUAACAUUAGUAGCGGCAAGACGUUGAAAGCACCGGUCAAAAAUGUUCAGGUAUUACGAACAAAUCGUAAUAUUUCUGAUGACAAUUUAUUUGUGCAUUUUUAUUGUGUUUUGCCGGGGUCAUGUGAAGCUUAUCACUUGCGACUUAAGUUGCUCCAGGCCUUUGCCGAAAGUUGUUAACACAUCCGAUUGGUUAAAUAUUGGUAACGAGUUCCUAGUUACACCAAAACAAAUGGUCAUUUACAGGUGCGGUGUCGAUACAGGUUGCUGUGAAAAAGACAUGUUUUGUCAAACUAAAGCCGAGAAGAAAGUUAAUGCAACAAUAUUUGUCGAAAAAAUUUUGCCCUCUGGGGAAAAUCAAGGGGAAUGUAAAAGUGUUUCAUAUACAAGUGCCACCGCUUGCCACUGUCUCAAAUUCAAAAACCCAUAUUAAUCAUUUUAAAUCAAAAUCGUAUGGUGCAAAAAUUGGACCAAACAAAAUUUGGCAUAAAUAUUUUAUCAUGUCUGUAAUUUACAAUCAAAAACAGAGCAAAAUGCAUACACACAUAAAAUUAGAAACUUGUCAAAACAAACAAAUAAUUAUAUUUAACUUAAGUUAUUGAGCAAAAAGCACUUAUUUUCAUAAAAUAGUUUUCAUAGAUCUCAUUUUGUAUUUGUAAAGUCCUAAUAUAGUUCCUAAACCUUGACUGAUUUAAUGUAAUAAUGUGACAUCCAUUUUAACAAUUUUAUUGGUAGUAUAAAUCUAUAGAUUUAUUAAUAUUGCCUAAAAAUAAGAAAAAACUUUAGUUUUGUUCCCGAGAUAGUGUUGCAAUUUUUUUUCUUAUAUCUGUAAA